GUAAAAUGCUACGUCUGUUAUGUUUAAUAUUGAUCACUAUCAUAUCUUGUAACGUCGAAGGACAGCAGCGUAUCAUUGUUUUUGUACCCCGGUUGCCAAUUACUCAACCCAGGCCUGGAACAGGUGCAACAGAACCAGAUAAGGAUACCAAUGGAAAAACGACUGAUCCGAACACGAAAAAGGAUGGACAGACACAAACUGUAGAAAAGAAAGACCAAUCAACCAAACCGAAUGCGAGUAGUG